UUGCUUGGUCACAUGACUCUCUGUGACUUCCGUAAUCCAGAACGCGUCCAUCUUUGCGCGUGCGUUCCGUAAUACGGAAGCCGCGAGGAGCCGUUGUUCCCUUUCGCCCCUUGUCAGCCCGAGAUGAAGAGGCCUACUUUUACUGCCGCCUGCUGGACACCCACCGCGUUGCGCGGUGCUCUCCCGUUCGUUUCUGUCCCGUUGGGGGAAAAGGAUGGCUUCUUAGACGUCGCCCUUGGACAGGAUUCGAGUCCUCAGGAGAUGUCAGAUAGUUUCUGCCUCUGGGCGUCUCUCAUCAAACGGUUUAGUGAUCCCUGUUCGUGCCUCACAGGUCUCCAGAGACUCCACAAGCUACCUAACUCUCUGAUCUUCCCCUGGCAGCAGCGGCUGUCGCUUCUUCCAGGAAGCCUUCCCUGACCUUCCUCAAAGUAAGGGACCUCCUCUGGGAUCCAAGGCUGACGUCAACCUCCAGCAAGGCUGUGAGACCUUCGAAGGCGGGGUCUGUAUCUUAUGGGUCCUCAGAGCCCUGGACGGGGUCCGGUCCAGGGGGAUUCUUUUAACAAGUCACUCUACAAUUUAUGGAGUCUGUCCUAUACGAUGAGCCCUGUGUGUGGCGCGGCAGCUUUAUCAGUGAAUGAGAUGCAGGCCCUGCCCUACUGGAGUCCACAGUUUGGGGAGCUAGAAAGGUAACAAUAGCGGUAAGUGUUAUUGAGGAUUCAGAAAUGAUGAUGUGUCUUUGAAUUAGGGAUGGAUGGAGGGGUAACCGGUGGCCUUAUUUGCAGGGACAGGUAGUUAGGGAAGGACACCGAGGAGGUGACAUUUGAGCCAAGGCCAGAAGGCCAAGAAAGUCCCCAUAUGUGAAGAUUUGGGGAGGCCGUUCCCCCAUCGUCCCCCGUUGGUAAAGAAACCUUUGCCAGUGCAAAGGUCCUGAGGCCAGAGAUUAGCCUACUUAAUUGGAGGAAGAGACCAUCUUUGACAGUCUCCACUUGGAUCUCAAACUCACCACCUCAGUCCCUCUCCUCUAACUCUGAUCUCCCUGAAGUCUUCCACACCUCAACAAAGAGCCCUCAACUCAGCAAAGGAGCGCUCCACACACCUGAUGUCCAGCAAGGUGGCCAUUGGCAGCGACAUCGGGCAGGCCCGCCGGGCCGUGGAGCAGCUGCGGGUGGAGGCGGGCAUCGACCGCAUGAAGGUGUCCAAGGCGGCCGGCGACCUGCUGCAGUUCUGCGCGGAGCAGGCCAAGAGCGACCCCUUCCUUGUGGGCAUCCCGGCUGCCACCAACCCCUUCAAGGAGAAGAAGCCCUGUGCCAUCUUAUAACCCACGGCCCCCCGACCGCCCAGGAGGUCUCAAUAAAAAGGAAGUGAAUGAUC